AAAAGCAGCGGGUUCUGUGAGUUCAGGUCUCGGCGGCUGCUUUCGCCUCGACUUUAUACGUUUCUGUGCUCUCGACGCAGUCGGACGUUUAAAAAUAAACGCGCUCCACCAAAAAAACCAAAUCCGCUGGCCACAAAUAAAUCUGAAGAAAUUCGAAUUCCAUCCGAUCAAACGCAGAACGCAGAACCCGAAAGUCAGUUCUUCGACUCUAACGGCCGAGAAAAUCCGAAAGUUUCAGAAUGUUCAGCUCGAUUUCAGCCUCGUUGAAGAACUUCGGCGACAAGACCGCCAACCUCUUCAGCAAGAAGAAGGAUGAGGCCGAGAAGCUGGCCAACGAGAAGGCCGCCGAGGCCCAGAAGCUAGCCGAGGAGCAGGCCAAGAAGGUGGGCCAGUCUGUCCAGCAGACCAAGGGCGAGGCCGAGCAGCUGGCCGCCAGCACGGCCAAGGAAGCAGCCGCUCUGGCCAACGCGGAGGCCCAGAAGGCGGGUCAGGCGAUCGACCAGGGUGUGAACCGUGCCGCCGGAGCCGUCAACCAGGGCAAGCAGGCGGUGGACAACACGGUGGCGCAGGCGGCGGCCGUGGCCCAGAACUCCAAGCAGGUGGCGGCCAACGUGGCGGAGGCCUCCCAGCGAGCGGCCGCCAAUGCGGUGGACCAGACCAAGAAGGCGGCCAACGAUGCCAUCAACAAGAGCGUGAAGGCCGCCGAGACCGUGGCGGACCAGAAGCUGAAGCAGGCGGAGGGCGCCAUCGAUGGGGCACUGAAGCAGACCAGCCAGGCGGUGGACCAGAAGCUGCAGGAGGCCAACCAGUACGUCGACCAGAAGCGCCAGUCCGUCGAGAAGACCGUCCAGGAUGCGGCCGGACAGGCCCAGGAGUCCGCCGGACAGCAGGCCAACGCCCUGCUGGGCAAGCUUCAUCUGGGCCAGAAGUAAAGGAGUCUCUAUUCGCGGGGCCACCUAAAAUAUCUUGAUGUGAAAAUGCUUUAGAUACAAAAAAAAAAAACAGAAGGGAAUUGCUUCAAUGUAACGAGUGCCAGUAAUGUGAUUGCUAAAUCCUCAAUUGAAUAUACAUAUAUAUACACAUAUAUUUUUGAAAUAUCGCGCGGGAGGAAUAUUUUGCAGCCGCUGCUUUUGAUGUGAGCAUUUCAGCACAUCUCUGUCCGUACAAAGUGUAAUUAACCCCUUCGUUCUUCUUCGGCCGACUUUUGUUACUUUGAGGCAUUUGAUAUUUUAUAUGCAGCUGCGCUGAGUAUGCUUUUAAUAUACGUAUGUUCUGUUUAUGUAGAAAUGUAUGAUUAAGUACCUUUAACUCUUGCACAAUACAUUGCAAAUGUGUUUUUAAUA